AUGGCCACAUCUUCCAACUCGUCGCGCCUUCAAUGGUUUUCUUCUCUCCAGAUCACGCAGGCCCCUGUCCCGACCGAGGACACAAAAUAUCAUCGUAAGACCUCCAUCAUCGCGACCAUCGGUCCUAAGGUGAACAGUGUCGAGAUGCUUACCAAGUUGAUUCUGCGCAUGAACUUUUCUCAUGGCUCGUACGAAUACCACCAAAGCGUCAUUGACAACACCCGGAAGGUGACUUCAUUGAUGCCUGAAGGUCGCCCCAUCGCCAUCGCUUUGGACACAAAAGGGCCCGAGAUUCGUACCGGUAACAUGAGGAACGAUGUCGAUAUCAAAAUUUCUGCCGGUCAUGAGUUCAUUGUUUCUACGGACCGCAAGUAUUAUGACAUUUGUGAUGACAAAGUGCUGUAUAUGGAUUAUGCCAAUUUGCCCAAAGUCACUGCUCCUGGGAAGUUGAUAUACGUGGACGAUGGUAUUCUCUCCCUUCUCGUCCUUUCCGUUGAUGGAACGAGUGUUCGCGUACGCGCCAUUAACAAUGGGACGCUCUCGUCCCACAAGGGCGUUAAUCUCCCCAAUACCGAUGUCGACCUUCCGGCCCUAUCUGAGAAAGACAAGGCCGAUCUUCGCUUUGGUGUCAAGAAUGGAGUCGACAUGGUCUUUGCCUCCUUCAUUCGCACUGGCAAAGACGUGAAAGAUAUACGAGAAGUCCUCGGUCCCGACGGUGCGAACAUAAAGAUCAUUGUUAAAAUUGAAAACUUGCAAGGCGUCGAGAACUUCGACGAAAUCCUGGCAGAGACUGAUGGUGUUAUGGUUGCUCGUGGUGAUCUUGGAAUCGAAAUUCCUCCUAGCCAGGUUUUCCUCGCUCAAAAAAUGAUGAUCUCCAAGUGUAAUAUUGCUGGCAAGCCUGUCAUCGUCGCCACUCAAAUGCUUGAUUCCAUGAUGCAAAACCCGAGGCCUACUCGUGCUGAAGUCAGCGAUGUAGCCAACGCUGUCCUCGACGGGUCUGACUGCGUCAUGCUUUCCGGCGAGAGUGCCAAGGGUGCCUACCCUAUCGAGUCGGUUUUGAUGAUGGCGGAGUGCUGCCUGCUAGCGGAGGCCAUGAUCUGCUAUCCUCCUCUCUAUGACGAGUUGAGGUUUGCAACAUCUCGCCCCACGGAGACCGUGGAGACAACUGCUGUUGCGGCCGUUGGUGCGGCACUGGAGCAGAAUGCCAGUGCUAUCAUUGUUUUGUCUACAAGUGGUAACACUGCGCGCCUUGUGUCUAAAUAUCGCCCUCCCGUGCCUAUCAUCACAGUGACGCGGAAUCAACAGACUGCUCGCCAGGUCCAUCUGUACCGAGGGUGUUACCCAUUCUGGUACCCCGAGCCGCGUGGUAUUGAAGCUCACCAAUGGCAGACCGAUGUGGACAACCGCAUCCGUUUCGGGCUGCGUAAUGCGCUGAAGCUGAACAUCAUCAAGACUGGUACUACUGUUGUUGCUUUGCAAGGUUGGAAGGGCGGACUUGGACACACGAACACCGUGCGGAUUCUGUCCGUUCCUACUGAUCCCGCCGAUUUGGAGUUGCAGCCUCUCGGUGUUUACUCACACUUCCUCUUUGUCACUGCUGGCCGGUUCGUUUCCUUUGCCGCAAGGCCUGGUUUUCGCAGGAUGUCAUCGUCGGUGUACUUCUCGCAAAACGGAAAUGGGUAUCCGGAAAGACGUUAUAGUGAUCUCCCGACGCACUCCCAUUCCACCGCUGUCCGGGAGAAAUGGCAAAGACACCACCACACUUCCUCCUGGCUCAUUCCUAUAUCCCUUCCUAUUCCUGGCGUGCGCACGCGUCGCCUAAGGGUUAUGACCCCCAACCCCGCUCGACUGCAUCAAUUCAGCGUCACUCGAUUUGGUCGAAGACGGGGUCCUUUGUUCCUAUGCAUUAGUGUCGUCGCCAUAGUCUUUACCGUUUUUGCGCUUCACAAGCGUUUUGCCACCCAAGAGAAGACGUGGCCUACGCUCACCACGGGGGAACCUCCGACGUUGGUCUAUCGACCGGAAGACUUGCAACGGAUAUGGGAGUGGGAAAUUGCAGCGGGACACUAUCCAAGUAGUCAUAAGCUCCCAAAGCCAAUUGGCUUCACUUCACCUCCCCUAAACCCUGCUCUCCCAGCUCGAAAGUCCGCCAUUAUGCCUGCCCGGUACAGGUCACCGACGGUGACCAACACCAUUGGGACUGGUUCGAAGCGUGUCUACUUAGAUGUCCAAGCCAAGCCGCCGAAUAUUGCGUAUCCUCCGAGACCGGUGCCCGGCAGUGUCGCGGACAUGGACGUGAUAAUGGAACACUGCGAUUAUUCUCAAAAGAAGUAUGUACGGGAUUGUCUCGAGGUCCUUCGCCUGGGUGCGGGUCUGGACACUUCAGGAAGGGUGCGAAGAGGAAAAAUGGACGAAUGGAAAUACAUCUACCUGGAAGACGGUGUCCCGGAUAACGUUACGGAACCCGACGCCAUGCUGAAACCCAACUAUGCUUCGAAGGCGCAGGGAGACUUGGACAUCUCCCCGGACUUUGCGAAGAAGCGUGGUGUUGAAUGGGAGCCUCACGUACAUUUCCCCGCACCUCCCCAAUAUCGACUCUUCAAGGAUCUGCCCACACCUUGUGAUGAUGAAAAUCCUCGAAUCUUUCAUAUGUUCUGGACGGGCCCCUUCACCGACAAACCCUACCUCGCGCUGCUGUCUUAUCUAUUCACUCAGAACGUUGGUUUGCACCUUGACGAUGAUCAUCAGGAUCCUCACGUUUGUCGACCUAAAUUUUGGCUUUGGAUCAACCCUGGUCCCGCUGCUGCGGUUCCUAAUCCGAACGCGAUUAGGGAUAUGUUCGACGACCUCAAAAAUAACCCUUGGGCAUCACCCUUCUUGCACCCACGAUUCAAGGAUGUAAUCCAGUUCAAGCUAUGGAACACAACAGAACAACUUGAUAAUAUACCGGAGCUGAAAGAUGAAUGGAGGUCUCUACGAGACAGCCUCUUUAAUUCCGGUGGCUAUGUCGAAAAACUCCCGCCCAAUGCUAAUUCCGAGGGCAGCACAAAGACUGGAACAAACUCGAGCGCGAAUUACGAAAAUGAAUCUACCGUGGCCUCCAAUGCUGCGCCGACAUCCGAAGACGAAAAAGUGUACCGCGUCGGUUCGAAGUCGGCUUCGUCGUACGAUCGUCUCUCUGUAAUAUUGUCAGACAUGGCCCGUUUCAUAGUGUGCCACCGGUUUGGAGGUAUCUACCUCGAUGCUGACACACUCCUAUUACGCGACUGGGAGGAGCUAUGGGGUUGGAGAGGCGCAUUCGCGUACAGGUGGUCUCGCUUGGAGAAGUACAACACGGCCGUCUUGCGCAUGAACAAGGGUUCUGCUCUAGGGACAUUCCUCUUCCGUACCGCUCUCAAGAAUGGAUUAGACUUCCAUCCCAUGACUGUGUCAAAAUACACGAAAGACGCCUACUUGGAAGGCUUGCUUCUUCGCUUACCUGACGCACUCUUUGAUUCUGCUUGGUUGAGUACUGAGUACUUCCAGCGGGAUCGUCCACCUCAACCUUUCUUCUAUCAAUUUGAAGAUUUCUUUGAUACCCCCCGAGAGACCGGUGCUGCUCCUGCCGCCCUAGGCUUUGACGGCUUUUUCAAGGGUGCUUUCUCUUAUCAUUUCCACAACUUCUGGUGGAGACCGUUCGAUCCUGUGCGUAAUUGGCCUGAUCUCGGUGAGAGAUUCAUCGCCGGCGAGCGCAUUGCACGAGCCGCUAUCGCUUCGGAGGCAGGUACUCCGUUUGUUGAGGAAGAGGACCUUGUGGCAAAUGACAAACGCGAUCUUGAUUGGGCUGCCGUCAUGAAGAGAACGUUUGAAGCCUACAUUCGAGGAGAGAGUCCGAACAUGUAUGGGGAGUGGUUGAAGUGGUAA